AUGUCUAGUUUUCAAAUCAAUCAACCAUUAAGUUUGAUAUCUAGUAAUUCACAACUACAACAGGGAAAUGUAAACAAUUCACCACCAUCAUCAUCGUCAUCACAAUCUAAUCAACCACAAUUUAAUCAACAAUCACAACAGCAACAACAAAUUCAAUCAUCAUCAUCAUCAUCUCAACCAAUUUGGUUUCAAAAUAAUUUAAAAAAAAGAACAAUACCUAAUCAUUUAAUACCUAAGAAAAAACCAUCAUUUCAAUUAACUAAUAAUGAUUCAAAUUCAAAUAAACAAGAAUUGAUAAAAUUAAAAAAAUCAAAUCAAUCAUUAAUUAAUUCAGAUCAAUUUAAUAUAUUAUCGUUUAGUAAUAAUAAAGAUUCAAAAAAAUUAUUAAGUUUAGGUAGUUUAUUAGAUAAUCAAUCAACCAAUAGUGGAAUAUUUGAUAAUUCAUUUGAUUUAACUAAAGUUGAUGAAACAAUAAAUGAAUCAAAUGAAGUACAAGAAUUUAAUGAUGAUUUACCACCUAUUAAAUCUAUCUAUGAAUUAAAUGAAGAGAUAAAUCAAUUUAAAAAUGAAUUUAAAAAAGAUUUUCUUAAAGAAUCUUUUUUAAAUAAAGAUCCAAAAAAUUUUAAUAAUGUAUUUAAUAAAACUAACAAACAAGAUAUUUUAAAUAAACAACAUGAAAAAAAUUUAACUACACUAGAUAAUAAUUGUGCAAUAAUUGUGUUUGGUUAUCCUGAAAGUUUAUCAUUACAAGUUAUACAAUAUUUUAAAACAUUUGGUAAUAUUCUUGAAAAAUUUGAAAUUAAUAAGAUUUUAAAUGAUGGUGAUAUUUCAAUAAAUCAAAUUAAUAAGAAUUUAACAGGUUUAACAGAGAAAGAUAAUCAAAAUAUUCCAAUAUUUACAGGUAAUAAUUGGAUUAAAUUAACUUUUGAUAGUUUAAAUUCUGCAUUAUUAGCAUUACAAGAAAAUGGUACAGUUUUUAAUGGAGCUUUAUUAGGUGUUGUACCUUAUCAUAAAAAUACAGUAGAAAAGUUAGAAAAGAGAUUAUUAAAGAAGGAUGAAGAUUUAAGUAAUGAAAAUUUAAAUUUAUUUUUACAACAACAACAAAAUCAAAAUCAAUAUUUAAAUCAAACAGAAUCAACUAUUCCACCAUCAUCUGAUUCAAUGAGUAAUCAAAAUUAUAUAAAUAAAUUAGAUAUUAAAGAAGGUUCACAAUUUUUUAUAAAUCCAGAAAAUGAAAAAAACCAUACAAAAGUGGAUAAUAAUAAUGAUAAAAAUAAAGAAAAAUUAACAUUAAUAAGUACAUUAAGUAAAUACAUUUUUGGAUUUCAUGAUUUAUAG